AUGACUACCGUUCAAACAGCCUCCCCUCACCUGAGGGUGUCGGCUGCCAAGUCAUCUUCCUCGGAAUCCAAAGAAUCCCCUUCCACUCGAAUCUCGCCCCCCGAGACCUCCGCCGUUGACGACCACUUCUUCUGGACCUACACCGAAGAGCCGCACCGGUCUCGCCGACAGGCAAUUAUCAAAGCUCACCCUGAGGUCACCAAGCUUUGCGGACCUGAGCCUCUCACCAAAUAUGUUGUCUUCGGCGUCGUUGCCACUCAAAUCACCUGUGCAUACCUCCUUCGCAAUACCUCUAUCCUCGACUGGCGGUUCCUGGCCACAGCAUACUUCAUCGGAGCCACCGCCAACCAAAACCUCUUCCUGGCCAUCCACGAGAUCUCCCACAAUCUAGCCUUCCGCUCGCCGCUCGCAAAUCGACUGUUGGCAAUUUUCGCAAAUCUCCCCAUCGGGUUACCCUACAGUGCGGCGUUCAGGCCCUACCACCUUACCCACCACAAAUCCCUCGGCGUCACAGGUCUAGAUACCGACCUUCCCACCGCAGUUGAGGCAUUCUUCCUAGACUCCCUACUGGGCAAGACAUUCUUCUGCACCUUCCAAAUCCUCUUCUACGCCGUCCGGCCCAUCUUCGACUACUUCCUAACCCAAUUCGCCGGCUCCCUCCAACCAUUCUACUACUUCAUCGCAAGUUCCUUCCUCGCCGGCUCCCUCCACCCCUGCGCAGGCCACUUCAUCGCCGAGCACUACUUCUUCUCAAACGUCAAGACCGGCGGCACAGAGUCCCUCCUCGAACUCAAGUUCAAGCCCGCGGCCAAAACAGACGGCCCUUCCGUUCUGGACGGCCUCGCUCCACCAGAAACGUACUCUUACUACGGCCCGCUGAAUUUCUUCACCUACAACGUCGGUCUGCAUAACGAGCACCAUGAUUUCCCGGCUAUUCCCUGGACCAGACUGCACAAGCUGCAUGAUAUUGCGAAGGAGUUCUACGAGCCGCUUCCUUGCCACCGGAGCUGGAUUUGGGUCAUUUGGACCUUUAUCUUGGAUAAGGAUGUUGGUCCUUGGUGCCGGGUUAAGCGUGCACAAGGCGGACGUGUUGUUGGUGGCGGUGGUGGAACCUCUGGCAAGAAUGCGCCUACAGGGCGUGGAGGGGAGGGUAUUUCUGCUGCCUCGGCGGGUCCGGGCGGCGAGGAAGGCGAUGGGUGGAAAGAGAGUGAGAUCCAGUGUUAG